AUUGGGGAGGAUUUUAUUAUUAUUUAUUAAAAAAUGUAAAAAUAGAAUGAAGGAGUUAGAAACUUGAGAUUUUCGGAAGAAGGACAGCAGACCUGAGAAUUCUCAGGUAAGGACUUUCCGGCCAAUUAUAAAUAGCAAGGGAUUUUGCCCUCCCCAAAUCACCAUAACUGCUACUCAAAUUCUUCAUUUUCCUCAUAUUAGGGUUUUCUAUUGUUGUUUUUUUUCUUUUUCCUUCUGUGAGUUUCCAUUCCAUUUUCAUUGAUUCAAGAUGACUAUCCUUAUUGAGCAACAACAAUUUGCAGGAAUUGAAGCAGAGGAAAACAAGGUUCCUAUUGAUGGGAAAGAAUUGGUGUUGGAUGGUGGAUUUGUGGUGCCACAGACCAAUUCAUUUGGGCAUACCUUUAGGUAGCUGUUUUUGCUUGCUCAUCCUGUUUUGGAAAAUAAAAACACAAAUAGUAUAUAUGUGAAAAAUGGCAGCUUGAUGCAUAGAUCUAGUCCCUCCAUUUGACCCAGAUAAUAUAACGAGACAUUUAUCAAAAUAUAGGCAUGCUGUUAUGCCAGCGCCACCCCAGAUCUGAAAUCUAUUCCCUUUCUUUACCAAAGAGGGAAAAAAACCAAGAAUUUUUCUAAUGAUUUUAAUAUCAUUUAUGAACCUCUGAUGACUCUUGACAUUAGAACUUCCCUAGCCUUCUGCUCUGUUUAAUUUCAUUUUUCUUAUUUUGAACAAUAACAAAGUGGGGGAU